AGUGAUUUGGGCUUGUCACAACCUUUUCAACAAGCAGGACACAAUAAUAGCACGUAAGCAGGGAAAUGGGUUGCCAAAGUAUUUCUGGAACCUCAACCGUUUUUGUGGUUUAAGAAGGAGAUUACACAACCAGCCCAAGCUGUAAUUUCAUAGGUUAGGUCCCUGGCAUAGGUGAAGGAGCUAGGUGACCUCUCUUCUUUUGCUUUCCCCCACCAGUUUGAUGGUUCAGACUCUUGCCUCAUUGUCUUGUUGUGUCUCAGGGUUCAUGUGAUACAUGAAUAACGUGAAGGCUGAACCUGGAAAUCAUCACAUCUUUCUGGGGAGUUCAGUGAAGAAUUUUUGGGGUUGCAUCACAUUCCUGCACACUUGUGCUGCACUUAAUACCAUCAGUGUUGCUCUGCAGAAGAAAAUGAGUCACUUCCCUGGACUCUGACAUAACUGAGCACGUAUUUGUAUGAACAUUCUUUCCUUGCAGUGUUUUUCUUGCCUCCUGUGGACUGAUCAAUUUCAGCUUUACUGAAUGGAUAACCAGGCGUUUGAAAUGCACGGAGAGAGCAUCCAGAGUUCUUCCAAAGCCAAAGAGUGGCCAAAGAAAGAAGAGGGAAGAAAGGGCAGCUGGUCCCUGAUGAAAGUCUUCCUGCUCUGCUUGCUGGCCUGUGUCAUCACCACUGCCAUCGGGGUGCUGGUCCUCUCCUUGGUCUAUGUCAACACCACUGCCUUCCUGAGAGAGACAGGGGGGAAAGAGGAUGGUCCCCCUUCCCCAGAGCCCGAGGAGAAACGUGUGGAUAUCAAAUUCCAGUUCCUCAAUCACCUGCAGAAAUCAAAGGUAUUUAACUACCCAGGUGGUGAAAUUCAGUGGGCAAGAUUCAGGAAUGAUGUCAAGGAAUAUCAAAAUGAUGAAGAAAUGGAGUUUGGGAGAAGUAUCAAUAACCAUCGUUCCAGAAUGACUUUUGGCACCUUGAGGAUCAAGAGCAAAGGGCUCCGGGCUCCUCACUGGCAUUUUAAUGCCAAUGAACAUGGCUACAUGCUCCAGGGCAGUGCCUGGGUUGGAGUUGUUGGUCCAGAUGACAGCGUGGUCACCACAUACAACGUCACAGCUGGCCAAGUGGUCUUCUUCCCUAGGAACACUGUGCACUGGAUAAAGAAUGUAGGAGCAGAGGACUGUCUCUUCCUGCUGUUUUUCACAACACAUGAAGAACUGCAGACCUUGGAUGUAGAUGAUGCAUUUUUCUCCACCCCAGAGGAUAUAGCAGCUAGAGCACUAAAGCCACAAGGUGGAGUCAACUUCAUCAGAACGUUCAAGAAGCAAGCAGAGGACCAGGCAGUGAACCUCCCACCCAACUUGGAUGAGCUUGUCCACAACGCCACCUACGUGCAGUCCCCGGACAGCCUGGUCUGGCAGUACUUCUACAACCUGAAAGGGUCAGCAGAGUAUCCCUUUCCUGGAGGGGUCUUCCAGUGGGCUCGCUACCGCAGGAACACCACCGGCCUCAACGAGACGGAGAAGAUCUUCAGCGAGUCCCUCAACAAGCACGAGAACACCCUUACCUUGGCAACCCUCAGGAUAUUCAGCAACGGGCUGGGCCAGCCCCAUUUCCACUUCAAUGCCAACGAGAUGGGCUAUGUCAUCAGUGGCUGUGCACAGGCUGGAGUUAUUCUCUCUGGAGUCACUGCCAACUUCAACAUUGGCAUUGGGGAUGUCAUAUUUUUCCCUGUUGGGACCCAGCAUUACAUCAAGAGUGUGUGUGAUGAGGAUCUGCUCCUGAUUUUGGCCUACAGCACAGGAAACCAGCUGGAAACCCUCCGGAUGAAGGACUAUUUCCAUGGCACAGCAGAUCAUAUCCUUGCUCAGCUCUUCUUCAAGAAGCAGGAGGAGUUUCAGAAGUUCCCAAGGGCAGCCAAAAAAUGAGACAAAUUACCUCCUGUAGCAGUUAAUGGCUCCAAGGAUUGUUUCACUUGCACCACGUUUCUAGCAGCACUUUUUGGUACUUUCCUCACUGUCUAUCCAGAAGUGGUGUUCAGGACAAAGAAUUUGGGGUUGUUAAUUAUCACAAGGUGUUACCUUUUUGUAUUUUAUCUGGGUUUAUUUAUAGUG